GCGAAAAGGCAGAGGCGGGUGCCCUAGGAGUUCUGGCGGAGACGCCCCAUGUUCAGACGUUCACACCUCAAAAUCCUGCUUAUUGGGAAUUCAGGGGUGGGCAAGUCUGCCCUGAUGAACCAGUAUGUUAACAACCGCUUCAGUAGCCGCUUCAGAGCCACCAUUGGAGCAGACUUCCUCAGCAAAGAAGUACACAUUGAUGGCCGCACCCUAAUAGUGCAGAUCUGGGAUACAGCUGGUACAGAAAGGUUCCAUGCGCUGGGGACUGCCCUUUAUCGGGGAUCUGACUGCUGCCUGCUCGUCUUUGAUGUCACAUCUAUCUAUUCUUUUCAAGCCCUCGAGAAGUGGCACAAGCAGCUCUUGUUGCAGAUUGAGCCAGAGGAAGAACCCACUUUUCCCAUUGCCAUCAUUGGAAACAAGACAGACCUGGAGAAUCGUGAGGUUUCUUCAGAGGAAGCUGAAAUGUGGAGCAGGCUUCAUGAUGCUACCUACUUUGAAGCCAGUGCCAAGACAGCUGCCAAUGUGCCGGAGGUGUUUGAGUGGGCCAUACGGGCUGUACUGAAGAACCGCAAGGUACCCGAAGAGCCACAGCUCAACUCUGUUCACCUAGAGACCAGGCCGCCAGAAGGGACACACCGGGAAAGGUGUGGCUGCUGAUAAGCACUAAUGCAGAUGGGAGGAUUUAUUUUUCACUACAGAUCUUUGACACGAUGCAAUGAACAAGAACAGGAAGUUAGCCCAUUGGGCAGUAACAAGAGUCUGCCAACCCUGCAGCCUGUCACUUUGGUAGCUGGAUCCUGUGAUAAGAUUUGUGGCCUUCUGGAAGGGAGAUCCUUGUAACUGAAGAACCUAGAUUGGGUGUUGGAUAGUCUUCAUCCAAACAUAUGGAAAUAAAUCUCAAUCUGAGACUUUUCAGUGACAGAAAACAGGCA